CCUUGUUUUAAACGAGCUUUGCUGCAUUAGGGGAAAAGAGGAAGAUGCUAUGAACGAGAGAUUCUUUUAGCAACAAUAUUUCAUAUGACGUUUUUAUGUAUUAUUUUAUUUUUUUAAAUAAAACCUCUGCUAAUCUCUGAAUUGUUUCUUCGUAGAGCGGAAAUCCGGUGAAGAUGAGUGCCGAGGCGGCGGACAGGGAGGCAGUGAGUGGCAGUCGGCCCACCACUCCACCACAGACCACCUGGUUCGAGUUUCUGCUUGAUCCGUCCUUACUUGAGCAGCACUUACAAAAAAACAACCCAGACCCUCUUCCAGUGCAGCUGGUUAUCCUGUUCUUGGAGCAAGCUUCUAAGCCUUCUGUGAAUGAGCAGAACCAGGUCCAACCCCCUGCAGACAACCGGCGCAACCGCACUCUCAAACUGCUUGCUCUCAAAGUGGCAGCACAUCUUCGGUGGGACCUGGAUGUGCUCGAGAAAGGCUUGACCAUUCCUGUGCUGAACAUGUUACUGAAUGAGCUGCUGUGUGUGAGUAAAGUCCCUCCUGGAGUCAAACACGUAGACUUGGAUCUGUCUACGUUACCUCCCACUACUGCUAUGGCAGUUCUAAUAUACAACCGCUGGGCCAUGCGUACUAUUGUGCUGAGCAGCUUUCCUGAGAAGCAGGCAAAACCUGGACCACAUCAGCUGAACAUGUUGAAUCUGGUCCAGCAAGAGAAGGAACUGACUGAGAACAUACUGAGUGUGCUGAAGGAGCAGGCCACAGACUCCAUAACAGUGCUGGAGGGAGCUCUGAACAUUAAGAAAGAUUUUUACGUUCACACUGUGCGGACACUGGACCUGUUAGCAGCUGAUGCCAGUACAGCCAACGGAGAGACGGAGUCUUCCACAGCCGGCCUUAGGAUUAGUGCUGAUGAGCUCCACUGUCAGGUGCAUUAUGACUUGGGAGCAAUUUAUUUCCAGCAAGGCUGUUCUGACCCUUCAGCCUAUGUGAAGGCUCAAGAGCACUUCCGCAGAACGAGGGAACUGUUGACAAAGCUGAGCUCAGAUCCGCUACACUGUCAUCUAGAUGAGAAGCGGCUGGCUGGCUACUGGAUGGCAUGUAGAACGCUGACCGGCUCUUCGGACUCCAGCGACAGCCAGCUCACCCCCUACUGCCUCAUCAACAACUUAAUCAAGACUCACAACUACCAGGCAUUGAUUGAAGCCUUCAUCAAAGACAACGUUAUGCACAGCUUGCCGAACAGUUUCAGACACUCGGUUCAGCUGGAGCUGCUGCACAAGGUUCAGCAAGGGGAUACGACUCUGGAGGAGGUGUGCUAUAAGCUGUGUGUGUGUAAUGCUGUAAGGGACGCUCUGGAAGGUCAGGUGCUCAGUGUCCGCUUCCACCAGCUGCUGCUCAAACCCAGCAAACGCACCAUCAGCUUCCUGCUGGAGGUAUGUACAAGGUCAUUAGAUAAGGAGCAUACCUCAGAGACGUCCAAAAGGAAAAUGGCUCUCUUUCUUAAGAAUCUUUGUGAGAGGCUAGAGGAUGUUCCUCUGGCCUACAUGGUUUCAUCCCAUAAGCUCUUCAUGGAGCUGCUUUCAGAUGAGGAAAACAAAACUCUGCUGGAUCAGAUGAGGAGAAGAUCAGCUACAGUCAACCUCAGCGCCAAGCCGCUGCCCUCUUUCUACGACAUCCCAGCCUCUGCUAGUGUGAAUAUCGGUCAGCUGGAGCAGCAGCUCAUUCUCUCCCUGGAUGCGCGUCAGAUCAGACAGAUCCUCAUCGAGCUUCAUGGCAUGGCUGAACGCUCCUUCUGGAGAGUAAAUAGCAAGUGGGAAGUUCCUACAGACUACAUAAACGUCAUCCUCGCCAUUAAGGAUAACCUCACGAGGGACCUCUUGUACAUUCUCAUGGCAAAAGGUCUUCACUGUGUCAGUAUAAAGGACUUUGUUCAUGCGCGACAGCUUUUCUCGGCUUGCCUGGAGCUGGUGACUGAAUUCUCGCCAAAGCUGCGGCAGGUCAUGUUGAACGAGAUGUUGCUGCUGGAGGUGCGAGCACAUGAGGCCGAGGGUGGGAUGGAAAGACCCCCUCCAGACCUGGUGAGCAGGGUCCGAGGCUACCUCGAGAUGAGGAUCCACGAUAUUCCACUCAGGCAGGUCAUUGGGGAGGAGUGCGUGGCCUUCAUGUUAAACUGGAGAGAGAACGAAUAUCUCACAUUACAGGUGCCUCAGUCGUUAGUGAACAACAACCCGUAUAUUAAGCUGGGGCAGCUCCUGGCGUCCACCUGUAAGGAGCUCCCAGGUCCUAAAGAGAGUCGGCGCACGGCUAAAGAGCUGUGGGAGGUGGUGGUGCAGAUCUGCAGUGUGUCCAGCCAGCACAAGCGGACCAGUGACGGCCGAGUCAGCCUCAUCAAACAGAGAGAUUCCUCACUCGGCAUCCUGCCCAGGAGUAAAUUCAUCACAUUUGUCAAAAAACUGCGGGAGCCUUUGGUGCUGACCACACUCAUCUCUUUAUUUGUGAGACUGCAUAGUAUCGUAAGGGAUGACAUUGUGAAUGAGGUGACGGCAGAACAUCUGUCCAUAUGGCCUUCCUCCCUGGCAAAUAUACAGUCUGUUGAUGUGGAGGCUGUAGCAGUAACAGUGAAGGAGCUCGUAAACUACGCUCUCACCCUCAACCCCAACAACCAGUCCUGGCUCAUCACCCAAGCCGACAUAUACUUUGUGACGAACCAGUACUCUGCUGCCGUGCACUACUACCUACAGGCAGGUACUGUGUGCUCAGAUUUCUUCACCAAACCUGUCCCUCCUGACGUCUACACUGACCAGGUUCUGAAGAGAAUGAUCAAGUGCUGCUCUUUGUUAAACUGCCAUACUCAGGUCGCUGUUCUCUGCCAGUUUCUGAGGGAAGUCGACUACAUGACUGCAUUUAAAGCUCUCCAGGAGCAGAACAGCCAUGAUUCCAUGGAUUCGUUUUACGAUUACAUCUGGGACGUGACCAUUCUGGAGUAUUUGACCUAUAUUCAUCACAAACGUGGUGAGAUUGAAAAAAGACAAGUUGCUAUCAAGGCUAUUGGCCAGACGGAGCUCAACGCCAGUAACCCAGAGGAAGUUUUGCAGCUCGCUGCUCAGAAGAGAAAGAAGAAAUUCCUUCAGGCCAUGGCAAAACUUUACUUUUAAAAUAAAUUCACAGCAAAACAAAUG